GCACAAGGAAAAAAUAUAAUUUAUAAAAACAAUGGAGUACGAUGGGAUUCUUUUGGGCAUGGGAAAUCCAUUACUCGAUAUCUCAGCUGUUGUAGAUCAAGAUUUCUUGAACAAGUAUGAAAUCAAGCCGAACAAUGCAAUUCUCGCAGAGGACAAGCACUUGCCUAUGUAUGAUGAAAUGGCAGCCAAGCCCACUGUUGAAUACAUUGCUGGAGGUGCAACACAAAACUCAAUCAGAGUGGCUCAGUGGAUGCUACAAUUUCCAGGUGCCACAAGUUACAUGGGCUCAGUUGGGAAGGACAAGUUUGGGGAGGAAAUGAAGAAAAAUGCACAGGAUGCUGGCGUCAAUGUUCAUUACUAUGAGGAUGAGACUGCUCCAACAGGGACUUGUGCUGUUUGUGUGCUAGAUGGCGAGAGGUCAUUGGUUGCUAACUUAUCAGCAGCAAACUGCUACAAGGUUGACCAUUUGAAACGACCAGACAACUGGGCCUUGGUUGAGAAGGCCAAAUUUUACUAUAUUGCUGGAUUCUUUCUCACCGUUUCUCCAGAAUCUAUUCAGCUUGUUGCUGAGCACGCAGCAGCCAAUAACAAGAUCUUCUCAAUGAACCUUUCAGCACCAUUCAUCUGCGAGUUCUUCAGGGAUCCUCAAGAGAAAGCUUUGCCGUAUAUGGACUUUGUAUUUGGAAAUGAGACAGAAGCAAGAAUUUUCUCAAAAGUACACGGCUGGGAGACGGAUAAUGUUGAAGAAAUAGCUUUGAAAAUCUCCCAAUGGCCAAAGGCAUCUGGAACACACAAGAGGAUUACUGUUAUUACACAGGGUGCUGAUCCUGUUGUUGUCGCUGAGGAUGGGAAGGUGAAGCUGUUCCCUGUUAUACCGUUGCCAAAAGAGAAACUUGUUGACACCAAUGGUGCUGGGGAUGCAUUUGUUGGAGGAUUCUUGUCACAAUUGGUUCAAGAAAAACCUAUUGCUGAGUGUGUAAGAGCAGGUUGUUAUGCAUCGAACGUUAUCAUCCAGAGGUCGGGUUGUACAUACCCCGAGAAGCCAGAUUUCGCAUGAGUUCAUUCUUAGUUCUUGGUUUUCCUGUGUUAUGCCUCAAUUGAGAGAAACAUAUCAUCGAGUUCUACUGUUUUCAACUUGAUCAAUUCAUUCCAAUUUUCGGGCUAUUGUUCCCAAAUAUCUGGUUUGUUGUAAGGAAUUUUGAAUGCCUUUUUUAUAUUAUUUGAGAAUAACUCUAUUAGGAAGAUUGAA